UCCAUUUCCCCCCCCCCAACCCCCGCGCAUCGAUUUACGCCGUCACCACCUCCUCCUGCUUGUCUGUCUCUCCCUCCCAGGACGGCGCGUCGGAUGAUCCGGGGCCGCCGGGGAAGAGCUCCAGGCAGCAGAAGGGAGGCUGUGUCCUCCUACUGUCUUAAACUGUAUCUCUCCCUUAAAAAAAUAAAGCCGGUAGCCCUCCGUGUUAUUUUGUAUUAAAAUGAGGAGAAGGAGGAGGAAGAAGAAGAAGCAGCAGGAACAUCAGAAGCGGCAGCAGAAAGCAGUAGCGGAGAAGAAAAGAGGAAGGAGCAGGAGCAAGGGACGGCGGCGGCAGGAGCAGGAGGAGGAGUGAUGAGUCAACUAAUAAUUUAAUGGGGACAGACCAAGCGAGAGGGCGAGAGCGAACAAGCCAAGCUGAGUCCGGGGUAUACACACACACACACACACACACAGAGUAACAUCUAGCAACAACCACCAAACCGGCCUAAAUAACAGUUAUAGCCAGCCGAGAGACAACAAGAAUUCGAAAUUUCAGAGGAUUAAUUUAUUACUGUUUUUUGGAUUUAGAAAUCAUCUUCAAGACAUCAUUCUGCAAAGGAAAUCUCCUUUGUUUCCAUUAUUUAUAUGCUGUCAAGUUUUGAAGUGGUGAUCUUUAGAGGCGGGACUGAGUAUGGAUCACUUGAACGAGACAACUCAGGGGAAAGAACAUUCAGAAAUGUCUAACAAUGUAAGCGAUCCGAAGGGUCCACCAGCCAAAAUUGCCCGCUUGGAACAGAAUGGGAGCCCAUUAGGAAGAGGAAGACUUGGAAGUACAGGAACUAAGAUGCAAGGAGUGCCUUUAAAACACUCUGGACACCUGAUGAAAACACAAAUUAGAAAAGGAACCAUGCUUCCAGUUUUCUGUGUUGUGGAACAUUAUGAAAAUUCCAUUGAGUAUGAUUGCAAGGAAGAACAUGCAGAAUUUGUUUUAGUAAGGAAGGACAUGUUAUUCAACCAGCUAAUUGAAAUGGCAUUAUUAUCACUUGGAUAUUCUCAUAGUUCUGCUGCCCAAGCAAAAGGAUUGAUCCAGGUUGGGAAAUGGAACCCAGUUCCUCUAUCCUAUGUGACAGAUGCUCCUGAUGCGACUGUAGCUGACAUGCUGCAGGAUGUUUAUCACGUAGUCACACUGAAAAUCCAGUUGCACAGUUGCCCUAAACUAGAAGACUUGCCUCCUGAACAAUGGUCUCACACAACAGUAAGAAAUGCUCUGAAGGAUUUACUGAAGGAUAUGAACCAGAGUUCAUUGGCCAAGGAGUGUCCCCUUUCACAGAAGAGAAGGAACAUACUGAUAUGGAACAGGAAUUUUGCAAAUGAAAUGCAGGAGGACAGUGGAGAAAUUUAUGUUAAAUCCACAGUAAUCCAUGACAGUGAAGGACAUCUGAGCUAUAAUCCCAUGAAAGCCCAUACUUCCAAAUGGAGUAUGAUAUCUUCCAUUGUGAACAGCACUUACUAUGCAAAUGUCUCAGCAGCAAAAUGUCAGGAAUUUGGGAGAUGGUAUAAACAUUUCAAGAAGGCAAAAGAUAUGAUGGCUGAAAUGGACAGCCUUUCUGAACUAUCACAACAAGGUGCCAACCAUGUCAACUUUGGUCACCAGCCAGUCCCAGGAAACACUGCUGAACAGCCACCAUCCCCUGUUCAGCUUUCUCAUAGCAGUCAACCAUCUGUUCGGACCCCACUUCCAAACAUGCAUCCUGGACUUACUCCCAUUAGUCCUCAGUUGGUAAACCAACAAUUGGUAAUGGCCCAGUUGCUAAACCAGCAGUAUGCAGUGAACAGACUUCUAGCCCAACAGUCCUUAAAUCAACAGUACUUGAACCAUCCCCCUCCUGUCAGCAGAUCCAUCAACAAGCCGUUAGAACAACAGGUCUCAACUAACACAGAGGUGUCUUCCGAAAUCUACCAGUGGGUGCGUGAUGAAUUGAAACGAGCAGGAAUCUCACAGGCAGUUUUUGCACGUGUGGCAUUUAACAGAACUCAGGGCUUGCUCUCAGAAAUCCUGCGAAAGGAAGAAGACCCCAAGACUGCUUCGCAAUCUUUACUAGUAAAUCUUCGGGCAAUGCAGAAUUUCUUGCAGCUGCCUGAAGCAGAAAGAGAUCGAAUAUACCAGGAUGAAAGAGAAAGAAGCUUGAAUGCAGCUUCUGCCAUGGGUCCAACACCUCUUAUAAGCACACCACCCAGCCGACCUUCACAAGUAAAAACAACUGCUAUUUCAACAGAAAGAAAUGGAAAACCUGAAAAUAAUACCAUGAAUAUUAAUGCUUCCAUUUAUGAUGAGAUCCAACAGGAAAUGAAAAGAGCUAAAGUAUCUCAAGCAUUAUUUGCAAAGGUUGCAGCAACAAAAAGCCAGGGCUGGCUCUGCGAACUCUUGCGUUGGAAAGAAGAUCCCUCACCUGAGAACAGAACUCUGUGGGAGAAUCUGUCAAUGAUCCGGAGGUUCCUCAGUCUUCCUCAGCCUGAACGAGAUGCCAUUUAUGAACAAGAAAGCAAUGCAGUUCAUCACCAUGGCGACAGACCUUCUCACAUUAUUCACGUUCCAGCAGAGCAAAUUCAGAGCCCCUCUCCCACCGCCCUUGGGAAAGGAGAGCAUAGAGGCGCUUUCUUACCUGCCCUGCUGACCACUGGACCUUGGCUGGGUGCUGCUCCUCAGCAACAGCAGCAGCAGUCCCAGCAACAGCCACCCCAGCAGCAGGCCCAGCAGCAGCAGCAGCAGCCCCCACCUCCAGGUCCCAGAUUACCCCCAAGACAGCCAACAGUAGCAUCACCAGCUGAAUCUGAGGAUGAAAAUCGUCAGAAGAAUCGUCCACGAACAAAAAUUUCUAUAGAAGCUCUGGGUAUUCUUCAGAGUUUUAUUCAAGAUGUAGGCCUGUAUCCGGAUGAAGAAGCAAUCCAGACUCUGUCAGCCCAGCUCGACCUACCAAAAUACACAAUUAUUAAGUUCUUUCAGAACCAGCGAUACUAUGUCAAACACCAUGGAAAGCUGAAAGAUAACUCAGGCUUAGAAGUAGAUGUGGCAGAAUAUAAGGAAGAUGAGUUACUUAAGGAUUUGGAAGAGAGUGUCCAAGACAAAAGUACGAACACACUUUUUUCAGUUAAAUUAGAAGAUGAGUUAUCAGUAGAAGGGAACACUGACUGUAACACUGUAUUGAAAGACUGAUAAAAAUAGUAUUUAUUCAACAGCAUCUCUGCUUACUAAUAAAAAGAAAAAUCCAUCCUGUAUACUGUCAUCAACCUCUUUUGUCAUUGUUUGGCCUAUGAAUCUUCCAAAACUUGCACAAAAGUUGAAAAAAAAAGGAUAAUACAGACUGCACUAGAUAUUUUACAAACUGCUUCAGUGAUAGAAAUGAAGCAUUGAAGAUUGUUUCAUAUUAAUUUGUGUUCACUGGGUACAUCAACAUGUAUCCAAUAAGCAUGAUAUCUGUGGAUUGUUUUUCUUCUUAUUGUUGUUGUUAUUAUUCUAGAGCUUUCAGACAAGCAUUACUUUGUGACUUACUGUUUUUAUUUUUUCCCAGUUAUUGUUAACACUCCACACUUGAUCUAUGAAAGCUUAACAUUUAUUUAAGUAAAAGAUAAAAGAAGAGUUAGUUACUCUUGCUCUAUUGUAUGUUACAAAAGAACUAUAGACUGUGAAAUGCAGUUUAAAGUUCACAUAUGCCAACAAAUGCCUUGUAUUAUAUGGCACUGCCGUAACUCAGAUUUUUUUUUCAAAAGUAAGAAGUCACUGUAUCUUUUUCAUUUUCAUUUGUUAUACGAAUUUUUGAAAGCAAAAUGUGAAUCAUGGUUUUUCCCAUUAUUUAUUUGUAGAUCUUUAAAUAUCAUAUUGUAAUUAAUUUUAGAAGUUUCCGUUAAAUGUAAUAUUGCUUCUCUUGUUACCAUAUUGGGUUUUUUUUCUAUUUAUAAGUGUAUUUUGAUGGGCAGUAAAACAAAGUGUCUUAAAAGUUUUAAAUAGAAAAAAAUGUGCUUUACACAGUUGCCUAUAAAAAGUGCUCUAUGUUAUCCAAGCAAUUCAUACUAUAAGCUUCACUCUUAUUGUUGUAUGCAAUUUUUACUAUCAUGCAAAUAAGCUUAGGUAAAUCAAACUAAUAGAUCACCUUAGAAACUUAUGCAAUUAAUGUGAAAAUAAUUGAUGUUUGCAAUGUGUCUUCCUUUGGUUUACAAUCAAUUUUAAAGCUACAGCUGUAUAAAUUUUCUGUAUAAAGGUGUAUUUCUUUUUUAUGAGUUUAUUGCUAUGAAAACACCAGUUAUUUUGUUACAGCUGGCUGUUUUUAUAAGUGUAUCACAAUUUUCUUUAUGCAGAAAUGUUCUGACUAGGAGUGGUUAUUGACUGUAACUACACAAUUAAAAUUGUUUGUAUGGUAUGA